UCGGGUGUGCGGGGCGCGCCGGUCGCCCGGAGCCCGAGGCUCUCGGCGGACGCCCCCUCCCUCCCCCCUCCCCGGCGCGCGCGGAGCUGGUUUUCCGGGUUCCCCUGGACGGAGCUGGAUCCUGCUUCUCGCCAAGGCAGGAAGUGAGUUUCGCACGGCAAUUCCGGGCGGUGUCACGAGUGAAAAGUUUUUUUUUUUUUUCGGCGGAGAUCCUACUUGGGACUGGGAAACUCCUGCAAAACUCGAGACCAGGAAGCCAGCCCGCGUCCCUGCCCCCUACCAAAGCAAGCCGCUCUUCUGCUGCGGGAGGCCACCCCACAUCCGCCCUCACUGGAGAGAGAAAUUCGGCAGGAUCCUAAGUGACUAAUGAAGAGAAGGAAAUCAUGUCAAGCGAAGCCUUGAAAAAGCUGCCCUGAGACGCUGUCCGACCGAAAGUAUCUAAAAAUGACUACAAAACGAAGUUUGUUUGUGCGGUUGGUACCAUGUCGCUGUCUACGAGGGGAAGAGGAGACUGUCACUACUCUUGAUUAUUCUCAUUGCAGUUUGGAACAGGUUCCCAAAGAAAUUUUUACUUUUGAAAAAACUCUGGAGGAGCUCUAUUUAGAUGCUAAUCAGAUUGAAGAGCUUCCAAAGCAACUUUUUAACUGUCAGUCUCUGCACAAACUGAGUUUGCCUGACAAUGAUUUAACAACGUUACCAGCAUCCAUUGCAAAUCUUAUUAAUCUCAGGGAACUGGAUGUCAGCAAGAAUGGAAUACAGGAGUUUCCAGAAAAUAUAAAAAAUUGUAAAGUUUUGACAGUUGUGGAGGCCAGUGUAAACCCUAUUUCCAAGCUCCCUGAUGGAUUUUCUCAGCUGUUAAACCUAACCCAGCUAUAUCUGAAUGAUGCUUUCCUUGAGUUUUUGCCAGCUAAUUUUGGCAGAUUAACUAAACUCCAGAUAUUAGAACUUAGAGAAAACCAGUUGAAAAUGUUGCCUAAAACCAUGAAUAGACUGACCCAGCUAGAAAGACUGGAUUUGGGAAGUAAUGAAUUCACGGAAGUGCCUGAAGUACUUGAACAAUUAAGUGGACUGAAAGAAUUUUGGAUGGAUGGUAAUAGACUGACUUUUAUUCCAGGGUUUAUUGGUAGUUUGAAACAGCUCACAUAUUUGGAUGUUUCUAAAAAUAAUAUUGAAAUGGUUGAAGAAGGAAUUUCAGCAUGUGAAAACCUUCAAGACCUUCUGUUAUCAAGCAAUUCACUUCAGCAACUGCCUGAGACUAUUGGUUCAUUGAAGAAUGUAACAACUCUUAAAAUAGAUGAAAACCAAUUAAUGUAUCUACCAGACUCUAUAGGAGGGUUAAUAUCAAUAGAAGAGCUGGAUUGUAGUUUCAAUGAAGUUGAAGCUUUGCCUUCAUCUAUUGGGCAGCUUACUAACAUUAGAACCUUUGCUGCAGAUCAUAAUUACUUACAACAGUUACCCCCAGAGAUUGGAAGCUGGAAAAAUAUAACUGUGCUGUUUCUCCAUUCUAAUAAACUUGAGACACUUCCAGAGGAAAUGGGUGAUAUGCAAAAAUUAAAAGUCAUUAAUUUAAGUGACAAUAGAUUAAAGAAUUUGCCCUUUAGCUUUACAAAGCUACAGCAAUUGACAGCUAUGUGGCUCUCAGAUAAUCAGUCUAAACCCCUGAUACCUCUUCAAAAAGAAACUGAUUCAGAGACCCAGAAAAUGGUGCUUACUAACUACAUGUUCCCUCAGCAGCCAAGGACUGAGGAUGUUACGUUCAUAUCAGAUAAUGAAAGUUUUAAUCCUUCAUUGUGGGAGGAACAGAGGAAACAGCGGGCUCAAGUGGCAUUUGAAUGUGAUGAAGACAAAGAUGAAAGGGAGGUACCUCCGAGGGAGGGAAAUUUGAAGAGAUAUCCAACACCAUACCCAGAUGAGCUUAAGAAUAUGGUCAAAACUGUUCAAACCAUUGUACAUAGAUUAAAAGAUGAAGAGACCAGUGAAGACUCUGGAAGAGAUUUGAAACCACAUGAAGAUCAGCAAGUUGUAAAUAAAGACGUGGGUGUAAAGACUUCAGAAAGUACUAUUCCAGUAAAAAGCAAAGCUGAUGAAAGAGAAAAGUAUAUGAUAGGGAACUCUGUACAGAAGAUCAAUGAACCUGAAGCUGAGAUCAGUCCUGGGAAUUUACCAGUGACUGCAAAUGUGAAAGCCUGUGAGAACUUGAAGCAUAUUGUUAAUCAUGAUGAUGUUUUUGAGGAAUCUGAAGAACUUUCUUCUGAUGAAGAGAUGAAAAUGGCAGAGAUGCGACCACCAUUAAUUGAAACGUCUAUUAACCAGCCAAAAGUUGUAGCACUUAGUAAUAACAAAAAAGAUGAUACAAAGGAUACAGAUUCUUUAUCAGAUGAAGUUACACACAAUAGCAAUCAGAAUAACAGCAAUUGUUCUUCUCCAUCUCGGAUGUCUGAUUCAGUUUCUCUUAAUACUGAUAGUAGUCAAGACACCUCACUCUGCUCUCCAUUGAAACAAACUCAUAUUGAUAUUAACUCCAAAAUCAGGCAAGAAGAUGAAAAUUUUAACAGCCUUUUACAAAAUGGAGAUAUUUUAAAUAAUUCAACAGAGGAAAAGUUCAAGGUUCAUGAUAAAAAAGAUUUUAAUUUACCAGAAUAUGAUUUGAAUAUUGAAGAACAAUUAGUUCUAAUUGAGAAAGGUGUUGAGUCAACAGCCACAUCUGAUGAAUCUCACAAAUUAGAUCACAUCAAUAUGAAUCUUAAUAAGCUUAUAACUAAUGAUACAUUUCAACCAGAGAUAGUGGAUAGAUCAAAGACACAGGAUAUAGUCCUUGGAACAGGAUUUUUAAGCGUUAAUUCUAAAGGGGAAGAAGAGCACUUGGAAAAUGGAAACAAGUAUCCUACUCUGGAAUCUGUAAAUAAGGUAAAUGGACAUUCUGAGGAAACUUCACAGUCUCCUAAUAGGGCUGAACCACAAGAUACUGAUUCUUCUGUUGACUUAGGUAUUUCCAAAAGCACUGAUGAUCUCUCCCCUCAGAGAAGUUGUCCAGUUGGAUCUGUUGUGAAAUCUCAUAGCGUAACUAAUAUGGAGACUGGAGGGCUAAAAAUCUAUGACAUUCUUAGUGACAAUGGACCUCAGCAGCCAAGUACAACGGUUAAAAUCACAUCUGCUAUUGAUGGAAAAAAUAUAGUCAGAAGCAAGUCUGCCACACUGUUGUAUGAUCAACCAUUGCAGGUGUUUACUGGUUCUUCUUCAUCUUCUGAUUUAAUCUCGGGUACAAAGGCGAUUUUCAAGUUUGAUUCAAAUCAUAAUCCUGAAGAGCCAAACAUAUUAAGAGGCCCCACAGCAAGUGGACCACAAUCUACACCCCAAAUAUAUGGUCCUCCACAAUAUAAUAUCCAGUAUAGUAGCAGUGCUGCAGUCAAAGACACUUUGUGGCCCUCUAAACAAAAUCCCCAAAUAGAUCACAUCAGUUAUCCUCAGCGCCUUCCUAGAUCAGAGAGCACAGAAAAUCACAGUUUUCUUAAACAUUCUGCCAAUAUGAAUUUUUCUAACCAUAACAAUGUUCGAGCUAACACUGCAUACCAUUUACAUCAGAGACUUGGGCCAGCAAGGCAUGGGGAAAUGUGGGCCAUUUCACCAAAUGACCGACUAGUUCCUGCUGUGACUCGAAAUACGAUUCAGCGACAAGGUAGUGUGUCCUCUACAGCCUCUGUAAAUCUUGGUGAUCCAGGUCCCACAAGGCGGACCCAAAUUCCUGAAGGGGAUUAUUUAUCAUACAGAGAGCUACAUUCAGUGGGAAGAGCUCCAGUGAUGUCAGGAUCACAGAGACCUCUCUCUGCACGAACGUACAGCAUUGAUGGUCCAAAUGCAUCAAGGCCUCAGAGUGCUCGACCCUCUGUUAAUGAAAUACCAGAGAGAACUAUGUCAGUUAGUGAUUUCAAUUAUUCACGGACUAGUCCUUCAAAAAGACCAAAUGCAAGAGUUGGUUCUGAGCAUUCUUUAUUAGAUCCUCCAGGAAAAAGUAAAGUUCCUCAUGAUUGGCGAGAACAAGUACUUCGACACAUUGAGGCCAAAAAAUUAGAAAAGAGUAUGCUGUCAAGGUCCUUUAAUUCCAAUUUUACUGCUGUAAGCAGUUUUCACUAUGGCAGCUCUAGGGAUCUGCAUGGCAGCCAAGGCAGUCUUGCCUUGAGUGUUGCAGACGGAAGAGGUUCUGGUGGGCACAUUUUUCGACAUCCCCAGACAUCCAGUCCAGGAGAUCCUGGCCAAGAUGAUAUAUUCAUUUCAGGACAGCAGAACUACUCGUCAGCUACACUUAGUAACAAAGAUGUUCCUCCAGACAGCUUGAUGAUGAAAAUGCCUUUGAGUAAUGGACAGAUGGGCCAGCCUCUCAGGCCUCAGGCAAAUUAUAGUCAUAUACAUCACCCCCCUCAGGCAUCUGUGGCAAGGCAUCCCUCUAGAGAACAACUAAUUGAUUACUUGAUGCUGAAAGUGGCCCACCAGCCUCCAUAUACACAGCCCCAUUGUUCUCCUAGACAAGGCCAUGAACUGGCAAAGCAAGAGAUUCGUGUGAGAAUUGAAAAGGAUCCAGAACUUGGAUUUAGCAUAUCAGGAGGUGUCGGAGGUAGAGGAAAUCCUUUCAGACCUGAUGAUGAUGGUAUAUUUGUAACAAGGGUACAGCCUGAAGGACCAGCAUCAAAAUUACUGCAGCCAGGUGAUAAAAUUAUUCAGGCUAAUGGCUACAGUUUUAUCAAUAUUGAACAUGGACAAGCAGUGUCCUUGCUAAAAACUUUCCAGAAUACAGUAGAACUCAUCAUUGUACGAGAAGUUUCCUCAUAAGCACUGUGGACAAAAAAAGGGGGAAAGACAGCAAGAUUUAUUGGAAGAUACUUGCAGGGGAAAUUAAUAUUUUGACUAUUUUUAUAUAUAAAGAACUCAAAAAAUUAUGUUCACAUUUGUACAUUAAUGAAGUGUAAUGGAACUUGUGGUUAGAGGGAAAGAACCACUGUACAGAAUAUAAAGGAGACUGUUGACUUCAUACCAUAUAAAACUUGUUAGGUUUUUAAACAUAGCAAUCAAGGCUACAAAAACAAACCUGUGUUGUUUUUGUAUAGAUUGUAGGUUUAUUUUUGGAUUUCAUACAUAUAACUGAACUGUUUGCAAGGCAAUAGUUAGCCUUGAUUUUAGCCCAGAGACAGAUGGCAGAGCUAUCUAUCUCAUAGCUUUUAUGCCUUUAUUUUUAUUCAACUGGUAUUAAUGUUUUUCUCCUGAAACUACUUUUUUUUGACGUGGGCAAGAGAUUUGAAGUGUUGGCUUUUGCUAUGUGCAUAUUGAAUUGAAGAGUGAGUAGGUGAAGGUGGUGCUGGUGGGUUCACUUUCCAAGGCCAGAUUAAAACAGUUAUUUCCUAUAAAAAUCUGGAAGCAAAGAAUGAAGAAAAUGUGUUUUUUAUUAAUAGAAUCAUGCAAUAAAAUAUAUAAUGUCUUUUUAAAGAAGUAGAAAAGACAAUAAUUGCAUUUUAUGAGCUCUACAGGAUCUGUUCUUGUCAUAGCCAUGGACUGUACAUUUGCUACUGGUGAUUCAGUUUUUAAUUUUUUAGUCACAGGAAAUUUUUAACUCUACUGUAGAUGCAUGUUCAUGCAUUUUUUUGUGCUAUGGAAAUCCCCUGGGGUUUUUUAUUUUUAUUUUUUGCAAAUGGUGGUACUUGCAGUCUGUUUUAUAAUUAGCGUUCCAUUUAAUCUAAUUUAUAAUUUUAGUUUUAAGCAGCAGAUCAAACUAAAAUGGCCAGUUUUAAGAUUGUGUUACCUGUAACACAAAAUGUUAAGAAGGUUUAGGAAAGCCUGUUGAUUAUUGUUUGGCCUUGCAUUGCCUUGGUAAAGUAAAAGGAAACAGUGUGCAUGGAGCUAAGAAACCAAAGCAAGUUUGUGAAACUGGCACAGUGAUAGAGAAUUGCUGUGGAGAGUUGUAGAGCAAAGGGGUCGGUCCUUGAGGCCUACCGGUGUGUAAAGUUGUUCAAAUAAAGGGCUGUUCUACAGGUAACAUUAAAUGUGAACUCAACACUUCAGAGUCUUUAAAGGGUUUCUAAGUGUAUCAGUGUAAUAGUGUUUUACCACCAACUGCCUUUGUUCCUAGUAACUGUAACAAAUCUGUGAUGAUAGAGGUUUGUUAAUUUUGUUUAUCCAAACCAUUAAUUUUAUUUGUUUUUGUUCUAUGUAAUCAAAUAAAAUUUGAGUAACAUGCAAUGGUAAGAAUUAAUGCAUGGUUAUUUGGACCAGAAAAAAGUGCCAUAGAAGACCAAUGACUGUUUUUAGUUGAGGGUUAUUUGGAACCUUUCAUUAGAGCAAUAUUCAGUUAUUGCAAUUUGUUUUUAAUUACUAAGAAAUGUAAUUUGGGAAUUUUUAAUCUGUUAUGCCUUGUUCUUCAACCUUGAUUUAAUUAAGACUUUUAUGGGACUAGCUAAAACGCCAAACUACAUUAUUUUUACAAAAGUGAAUUAGACUCACUUUCCAUUCUUGCUAGUCAGAGUAAAUGGGCAGCACUUUUAAAUAUGUGAACUCAAAUAUUGCACUUCUUUCAAGAUGUUAUCAAUUGGUUAUUGUACUGUAUAGUUUUAAUAAUUUUGAUUGAAACCCUUUAACAACUCUUUGUAAAUUUUAACUCAUUUUAGUUGAUUUUCAGUACUAUUUACAUAGGAAUUGAUUUUUAUGGAUAUGGUAGAAGAAAUGUGCUGUAUUUUGAUAAAAUUCACUUAUUGUAUGUGUGUUGUAAUCUCUAAAGAAAAGAAUGACAAACAGCUUCUUUAA